CUCCCAAUCAGUUCAACGUGUUCAGUUUUUCAUUUUUUUAACAUAAAAACCUCUUUUUUUUAUUUUCAACAUUUUUGUGGACACACGAAAAUAUUAAGUGCUGACAAUAAUUUCACAUCGUGUUGAUUAUUAUGCUUGAACAGCAGCAAAAGUUGUUGGAGACGAGAGUUUGUCUAAUUUGACCAAUUUUCCAAAUGUAAAUAGAAAACGAUGGGAAAAAAGAUGAUGAAAUCGGCUUUUGUGUGACAACAGCAGUGGAAAAAUAGUUAAAGGACAUAAAAUUAGUGUAUAAAGUGCUACAGUCAGUCAUUCCAUUGAAAAUACUCAUCGACAUUCCGAAUAUAAAAAAAAUAAUAACAAAAUUCAGUAUUUACAUUUAAUAGUGCAGUGAAUAUGGGUGAAGAUAGUAAUAAUAAAGUUGUGUUGGAGAGAAAAAUCACCUUGUUGAAUGGAGUUGGAAUCAUUGUUGGAUCUAUUAUUGGAUCUGGAAUCUUCUUAUCUCCAUCUGGUGUCUACAAAUAUACUGAAUCAGUGGGAUUCUCUCUUCUUGUAUGGAUUCUGUCCGGUGUAUUAUCAACGUUAGGAGCUCUUUGUUAUGCUGAACUUGGCGUUCUCAUUCCAUCGAGUGGUGGAGAUUAUGCGUAUUUGCUGGCAGCUUUUGGUCCACUUGUUGGAUUUUUAAGAUUAUGGAUUGCGUUGUUCAUCAUUCGUCCUACAACUCAGGCAAUUGUAGCACUAACAUUUGCAGAAUAUGCAGCAAAGCCAUUCUUUCCAAAUUGUGAAAUUCCACAAGAUCUCGUAAAGUUGCUUGCAGCAAUCUGUCUCUGUCUGUUAACAGCCAUCAAUUGCAUAUCGACAAAAUUAUCGAUGAAGGUCCAAGACAUUUUUACGGCAGGAAAAUUAAUAGCUUUGAUAACCAUAAUUAUAAUGGGAAUUUAUGGAAUGUCUAUUAGUGGUACAAGUAACUUUGAUAAUGCAUUUGAAGGGACUUAUGAUGCUAAGAAUAUUUGCUAUGCAUUUAUGCAGGGACUGUUUGCAUUUGGAGGCUGGAACUACUUGAAUUUUGUGACAGGAGAGCUACAGGAUCCAUACAAAAACCUCCCGCGAGCGAUUUUUAUUGGCAUGCCAAUAGUUACAAUAAUCUAUUGCCUUACAAAUGUAGCAUAUUUUGCGGUUUUGAGCGGUGCUGAGAUGAAAGCUAGCUUGGCUGUUGCAGUGACAUUUGGAGCUAAAAUAUUUGGAUCUCUUGCUUGGUUGAUUCCAAUUUUCGUCGCUUUAUCUACAUUCGGUGGCGUUAACGGAGUCAUUUUCACAAGUGCACGCCUAUUUGCAUUUGGUGCUAAUCAAGGACAUCUUCCUUCAUUUUUUGCAUUAUUUCAUGUCUCCAGACAGACGCCGAUUCCAUCACUUAUAUUUUCAUGCUUUGUCUCACUUGUUAUGAUUUUGUUUGGAAAUGCUUUCGAGUUAGUCAACUAUUUCAGUCAGGCAUUGUGGUUAUCAAUUGCUGCUUGCGUUUUUGGAUUGAUAUGGAUGAGGAAAACUAGACCCGAUGCACCACGACCAAUCAAAGUCAACAUUCUAAUUCCAUGGUUAUUCUUAAUCCUAUGCCUUGUCCUUGUUCUUACUCCAUCAAUAUCAGAGCCAAUGAAUUUAGGCAUCAACAUAUUAAUUACAUUAAGUGGCAUUCCAUUCUACUUCCUCUGUGUUUACUGGAAAAAUAAACCCAAGGCGUAUCGAAAAAUGUCUCAAGGAAUUGAGAAAUUUUGUCAAAUUUUAUUCUCAUCAAUCUUCAUGGACGAUGAAGUUAACUAAGAAUCUCAAACUAUAGAUAUGAAUUUAAAUUUACUGACCAUGACACUGACUUGCAUAUAUAGACUUUAUUAAAUAAAAAUGGAUCUUCAGUUCAAUUGUUGUUAGGAAUUUAAAACGGAACAAAAAACAUAUAAAUUAAUGAAUAGAUUUUUGUGAUCUUUAUGACAAAAAAAAACAAAUAUAAAUGAUUUACUGGAAUAAAAUUCUCAC